AUGCCUAAUAAUUCUGAAGCUGAGUGGGAGACCUGCUUGAGGACUAUAUAUUGCACCAAUAUCAGCAAAAUUGUUUGCCACCUUAAGCUUCUGGAUAAUGAAGAUCGCUCCACAAAUAUAGCUUUUAUUGAGUUUGCUGAGGUUGAUGGUGCUAUUGCUGCUCUUAUGUCCGGCGGCAUUUACGUGGAUGGCAUUCCUAUCAGGAUGUGCCCAUCCAAGAGCCCGAUAAGGACCUAUUGCUUUGGGAGCCCAACUGCGCUGGAAGGGACCAUUGGUGGAUACUAG